GAAACAACAAAGCACUUCCUGAGUUCGGGGUUGGCGGAAGAUGGCGGCCUCAGAAAGGGGUUUGUGCUUUUGCGAAUUGUUGAGGCUUUUUUAUUCAUUAUUCUUCCCUGGGCUAAUUGUAUGUGGAACUUUAUGUGCAUGCUUAGUCAUCGUCCUUUGGGGAAUCAGACUGCUGCUACAAAGGAAAAAAAUGUCACUGUCAGCUAGCAAAAAUGGGAAAAGUCAAAUGGUGAUUGCAUUUUUUCAUCCAUACUGCAAUGCUGGUGGCGGAGGAGAAAGAGUUUUAUGGUGCGCCCUAAGGGCCCUACAGAAAAAGUAUCCUGAAGCAGCUUAUGUUGUUUAUACUGGCGAUGUUGAUGUCAGUGGUCCACAGAUACUAGAAGGUGCUUUCAGAAGAUUUAACAUCAAAUUAACUCGCCCAGUGCAGUUUGUUUUCUUAAGGAAACGCUAUCUUGUGGAAGAUUCACUCUAUCCUCACUUCACGCUGCUGGGUCAAAGUCUAGGAUCCAUUUUUCUUGGCUGGGAAGCUCUGAUGCAGUGUGUUCCUGAUGUUUACAUCGACUCAAUGGGAUAUGCUUUCACACUUCCUUUGUUUAAGUAUGUCGGGGGUUGCCGAGUUGGAAGCUACGUUCAUUAUCCUACUAUCAGCACUGACAUGCUCUCUGUAGUGAAGAAUCAGAAUGCUGGAUUUAAUAAUGCAGUUUUCAUCACCAGAAAUCCUUUUCUCAGCAAAGUAAAGCUCGUCUACUACUAUUUAUUUGCAUUUAUUUACGGCCUUGUUGGUUCUUGCAGUGAUGUAGUCAUGGUCAAUUCUUCUUGGACACUGAACCAUAUCCUCUCACUCUGGAAGGUGGGGAAUUGCACUCACAUUGUCUAUCCACCUUGUGAUGUGCAAACAUUUCUGGACAUUCCUUUACGUGAGAAAAAAGUAACACCGGGACAUACACUGGUUUCCAUUGGUCAGUUCAGACCUGAAAAGAAUCAUCCUUUGCAGAUCAGAGCCUUUGCUAAAUUGCUGAAGGAGGUGACUGAGUCACCUCCUUCUCUUAAACUUGUCCUCAUUGGAGGCUGUCGUAACAAAGAUGAUGAACUUCGGGUAGAUCAACUGAGAAGGCUUUCUGAAGACUUAGGAGUUCAAGAAGAUGUGGAAUUUAAAAUAAACAUUCCAUUUGAUGAAUUAAAAAAUUAUUUGUCUGAAGCAACAAUUGGCCUGCACACCAUGUGGAAUGAGCAUUUUGGGAUUGGAGUUGUGGAGUGUAUGGCAGCUGGCACAAUUAUCCUUGCACACAAUUCAGGGGGCCCGAAGCUUGACAUCGUCAUUCCUCAUGAAGGAGAUAUAACGGGAUUCCUGGCUGAGAGUGAAGAAGGCUAUGCUGAGACCAUGGCUCAUAUUCUUUCCAUGUCUACAGAAAAGAGACUCCAAAUCCGAAAAAAUGCUCGUGCAUCUGUAAGCAGAUUCUCUGAUCAAGAGUUUGAAGUGACAUUCCUGUCAUCUGUGGAGGAGUUAUUUAAAUAAUGUUAUAUUUGUACAAAUUAAAGAUAUUUCAUAUAAAAUGGUUAAAUACCUUCAUAUGUAAAUAUUUUUCUAAACUAAUUCCCUAUUAAAAUAAAAUCAGCCUAAGCAGUGUUCUGGGCAUUAUGUAUAUAGGCAAGGUAUUUAUUUCAAUAAAAAAUGGCAAAAUUACCUAAAUGGGAAAGGUAAUCCUAUAUAGCUUAGGUGUAAACAUUUUAGGUUAAUCUUCUGAAAUUCUGAAAAUACAGAUCUGAAGAAAAAAGUAACAAUC